CGGGAAUCCGAGCCACCGACUAAGGAGGCGUCAACGGUCAAGAGUCGAAGACGCCAAACCGGUUCCUGCACGCGGUGGGGGCGGGCAUGGCACCUAAACCUCAGCGAGCGCUCACCACCGCCGGCCCCGCCGCGGCCAUAAAAAUCUAACGAUUGCCGUCCCACUGCCAAUGCUAUCCGGUGCGGAACGUCCCUGAUUUUCCUCCUGCCCACUGCCCUGGACUGCCUGUCCCUUCCUCCCUCUCUCCUUUCCCCUCCACCUCCUUUUCAACCCUCCCUCACCUCCCCCGGGCCCUGCAAUUGCUCGCCAGCAUGGCUUCCUCCAAGGCUCCGGAUGCCAUUGCCCCGGUCGAGCAGCCGCCCUCGCCCACCAUGGAGCGCCAGGACUCGUCCACCUCCUCGUCGGCCAAGAUCAUCCAGAAUGCCAAAGCCGCCACGGAUAAGGAGCAGAAGAUGACCUUGCUGCAAGGCGUCAAGCUCUAUCCCAAAGCCGUGGCAUGGAGUAUCCUUAUCUCUACCUGCAUCGUCAUGGAAGGCUACGAUAUCAGUCUGGUUAACAACUUCUACGCGUUUCCCCAAUUCAACCGGAAAUAUGGCGAGUUGACGGCGGAUGGAGCAUAUCAGGUGCCAGCACGGUGGCAAUCGGGUUUGAGUAACGGAGCCUACGUCGGAGAAAUUAUUGGCCUUUUCAUCAAUGGGUGGGCCUCGGAACGCUUCGGAUAUCGCUAUACCAUCAUGACCUGUCUCGUUUUGAUCACCGCAUGGACCGCCAUCUUCUUCACCGCCCCUAACGUUCAGACCCUGCUGGCUGCGGAAAUAUUGGCCGGGAUUCCCUGGGGUGUGUUUCAAACAUUGACCAUCACCUAUGCCUCUGAGGUGUGCCCGGUUGCCCUGCGUGGGUACCUCACGACCUACGUCAAUUUCUGUUGGGGGUUGGGGCAAUUGAUCGGCAUCGGCGUGAUCAAGGGCAUGAUCAAUCGGGACGACCAAUGGGCUUAUCGAAUCCCCUACGGACUGCAGUGGAUAUGGCCUUUGCCCCUGUUUAUCGGCAUCUCCCUCGCCCCGGAGUCCCCAUGGUGGUUGGUGCGAAAGGGCAAGACUCAGCAAGCCAAGAAAGCUCUCCUGCGACUGACCAGUGUGAACCGGGAGACGGACUUCGACGCAGAUGAGACCAUCUCGAUGAUGGUGCAUACGACGGCGCUGGAGAAGAAGAUUACCAAGGGCGCCAGCUACCUGGACUGCUUCAAAGGCAGCGAUUUGCGCCGGACCGAGAUCGUCUGCAUGGUCUGGGCCAUCCAAAACCUGAGCGGCAAUUCCUUCUCCAACUAUUCGACCUACUUCCUGGAGCAGGCGGGCCUGAGCACGGACGACUCCUAUGCCUUCGCCAUGGGCCAGUACGGCAUCAACAUGGUCGGCGUGUUCGGGGCCUGGUUCCUUAUGUCCUUGGGCCUGGGCCGGAGAACGCUCUACCUGUACGGUCUCUGCGGGCUGUGCGUCAUGCUGCUCAUCAUGGGAUUCCUUGGACUGGUGCCGAAGGAGCACAAAACACAGGCUGCCCUCGCCACAGGCAGCAUGAUGAUCAUCUGGGCGCUCUUCUACCAGCUGACCGUGGGAACGGUGGCCUAUUCCCUGGUCGCCGAGAUUUCCACCCGCCGCCUCCAAAUCAAGACGGUCGUCCUCGGUCGCAACCUGUACAACAUCGUCGCGAUCAUCUGCGGCGUCCUGACCCCGUACAUGCUGAAUCCGGGGGCCUGGAACUGGAGCAACUACGCCGGGUUCUUCUGGGGCGGAAUCUGCUUCCUCUGCAUUGUGUACACGUUCUUCCGGGUACCGGAGCCGAGCGGGCGAUCCUUUGCGGAGCUCGAUCUCCUGUUUGAGCGGGGGGUCAGCGCGCGCAAGUUCGCCCAAACCCAGGUGGAUGUGUUCGACGAGACCAUGGAGCAUGGGGCAGUCGAUCACUACCAGACGGAGAAGACGGCGACGGCGGAUGUGGCGGCGGUCAAGAAAGAGCCCGCGCCGCAAUGACCAAAAUGUGCUACGCUUUCUUGUAAUAAUUUAAUAUCUUAAUGUACAUAGACACCACUAAUCAUGAAUAUGAGACGAUUAAUGAUCGA